AAAAGCAUGCGAAAAUGUGUGUAAUGGAAAUUGGUAAUUGGAAAACAAGCAUGCAGUUCGGUGAAAGGAGGAAGUUGCUGGUUGUCGGCACCCUGCUUAUAAGCCUGGCCUUGGUUCAGGCCGCGGAUCCCAGCUCCAGGGAUGCACCCCGCAUAAGGCACAAGCGUGGGAUUUUCUGGGACUUCUUCCAGAAGAUGGUCAUCACCAAGAACCUCAUAGUGGAUCAAUACACGGACACACGUAACACCCUGAAUGACAUAUACAAUACUGUCAAUGAACAGUUCAGCGAUCCGGGUCCCGAGAAACCCACCAGUCGUCCUAGGGUGACGACCGAGAAAACUUCUAUAAGCGGCGAGGAGAGCGGCAGUAACAGCGAGGAGCCCACCACCACGGAGGCCUUCACGAUCUCCCGAUACGAACUGGGUCGCAUCCUGGGCAGGAACUUCCGGGGUCUUCAGAAGCUGGCCAUGACCGAGUUCGAUACCGCCCUUAACGCCACCAAAUACAAUCUGGCUGAGUACAAAUCGGAGGCCGAUAAACAGUUCGCCAACAGUUUGGCGGUGGAGAAGAAGAACAAGCUGAAGAGUCUCAAGGGCUGAGCCACGCCCCCUUUCCCAGUGCCCCAAGAUAGUUAUCUCUGUGAUAGGCUGAUGACUGUAUUCCCCUGUUUUUUGCUUAUUUAUUUGCUAGCAUUCUCGCAACUACGUACAUUUAGUGUAUCGAAUAAAAGGCGGAUGUGAGUGCGGAUGGGGAAGUGUCCCCGAACGCAUGCGGAUUCGUGUCUACGACUAUUGUGUGUCAAAUUAAAAAGUUUUCUGUCAUAAUUUUAUUGAUAAACUUUUAAGUUAAAAAAGGAGCACCGAAAAAAGCGGAAAACAAACACCGAAGCGGAAGAGAGUAACAGAAAGGACAAGGAUGAAAAUGAAAACAUUGUAAGACCGGGAAAACUAAACAGAAAUUGAAGGUCUAUCUCUGGAUUUUUGUUGGGUUUCUAUGGGUACCUAUAUUUAUUAUUUUUGUAAAUAUAUAUACAUAUGAUUAAACUAAUAUUGUAAGAAAUGAUCUAAGUAUGCGUUUGGUUGU